UUCAGAUUCCAGUAACAAUUCCGCUUGGUCUCCGUUUUACGGAGGAGGUAAUGCAAGACUAGAUGAGAAAUCCAUAAACUACAUCCACAAGUUCUAUUGUAAAGACUGUAGGAUGGCAGAAGAGGCGAAGAAAAGAGCCGAGGCUUCUGGAGGCGAGCCGUCUCCUACGAGCCCAUUGUCAUCUUUGGAGGAUGUGUCCCUCACACAAAAGAUGGAGUCAAAUAAAGAAUCUCUAAAGCGCAAGCUGAUGUUACGGAGAUCUGUAACAGAACUGGUAGAUCAGGGUAUAUAUCCAUCAUUGAAGACUCCUCCUGCCUUUGCAGAGAAGAGCAGACAGCUGGCAAGAGCAAAGACUGGAGAUCUACUGAAAUACAAAAUCCAACAUAGACCUAACAGACAGUCUCUUGUCCAGCAACAUAUUCUAGAAGACCCUGGCAAUGUUGAUCCGUCUCUACUGGAGCGCCAGAGGCAGUUAAAGAGGGCUCGACUGAGGGACUCAAUGAAUGAGAAAAUAGCUCAUAGACCUGGACCAUUGGAGUUAGUUGAAGGCCACAUAUUGGAGUCUGAUGGCAAACUUGCUAGUGCUAUACAAGAUGGGAAUGUGCAUUAUAACAAGACAUGUGAGGGAGAAAACAUUGGAGACAGAGCUACACAAUUUCUGUUUGAUGAUGACAGUACAAGUGAUACUGCUCUUUCACCUCAAUCAGAAUCAGACACAUCAGCUCUCAGCCCAGCCCAUAGUGCAAUCAGUAGUACGACAUCUUCAUUGUCCAUCCCUUCACCACCAGAUAUUACUCCUCUAUUGCAGAAAAUACAGAAAUCCACAACACAACCCGGCCAAUUUACAUUUCAUGGUACAAUCACACCAUAUACAUCUCAGUCCUUCACAAACAUUACCCCAGUCACGACCGCAAACUUUUCGGUCGUAUCCAGCUCAACAUCUGCCAAAGGAAGCAGUAAUCUCGCUUCUGCUAAAGCUCGAAUUCGCAACAAACAGAAGCAGAAGCAACCACAGCUUAAAUCCAAAGUUAUCAAAUUCCAUGAGUAUAAAGGUCCACCUGCGACAUCAUCCAAAACAAGCAGUUUGUCAACUUCCACAUCAACAACAACGACAACAGCGAUGACGUCAAAUGACACGGAGGAUGAUGGGACACCAUAUCAUAUUCUACUUCAGCAACAGCAGCUGUUCCUUCAGUGGCAGCUUGAAUUCCAGCAAAACCAGAAAAACCAGCAACAACAACAACAAGGGCAGACUGCACAACCAGCUCAGCCUGUUAACCUGCUGACUGCUCCCCCUCCACCACCCAUCCCAUCCUGUCUCAGUCCACCUUUGUCAGUGCAGUCCGUGCAGUCAGUAGCCAGUGCAAGCAGUGAGCCAUCCCCCCAACCCCCAAAGGCACACUUAGUCAUCACCACUCCUCAACCUGUCCCCACACCCCCUAAAUCAACAACACCAGCCCCAUCUCCCAUGCCAACCAUCACUCUUGGUCCUAGCCCUGUAACGCAGCCUGCUGUUCAGAAACCUGUUGCUAUACUUGCCCCAGGGAAACCCCAGGCCAUGAUGCAGGUACAGAACAAGGCAGGAUUUGGAGGCAAAAAGCAACAACCACCAGCUAAUGUAGCCAACCUGCCUCUACUGACCAACCUAGAAGAAAUGAAGGUUGCUGAUUUGAAAAUUGAGUGUAAGAAACGAGGCCUCACUGUCUCAGGCCCUAAACCGGUACUUAUUAACAAACUCAGACCAUUCGCAGAGCCAAAACCAGUUACCGAUGAUAACGAGGCUUCAAUGCCAAGCUUUCCAAAUAUUAAGAACGUUAGUAGAGUUAUCAACAUGCAGCCUAAGACUCCUGCGACUCAGACUGUAACUCAGACUAGCCCCCAGAAUAACAUGUCUAACCUGGAGGACACCAUUAGUAAUGUAGCUAUGGGGAAUAUCUCGCCACCGGAGUCUCCAAUGGACAAUCCUCUAUCCCCUGAGAAUGCAAUGGAGGUGACCACACCAACAUUACUCACUUCUAUUAAAGGAUCUUUCACUGCAUUAGCGGAGCAGGUACCCAUGGUGAUUGAUCCAAUAUCUAGACCACCUUCUGUGGCUCCAGAAGCCAUGGAUAUGGAUGAGACACAACCAACAUUUACUAUUGGUCCACCUUCUAUUAACUCCUCCCAGUCUGUCAGUUUGACUGUAACUAACUCCUCCCAAGCUGUCAAUCAAAAUCAACCAAACUUGCUGCAGACAUUCUCACCAAUUCAGCAAGUUAAACCAAACCAAACCACUGUAGAGCAAAUACAGGCUCAACAGGAGCAACAACGAUUGGUGGAACAGCAAAGAUUGGAACAUCAGAGGUUAGAACAGGAAAGACAGAAACAACAGAAACUGGAGCAGCAAAGGCUGGAUCAGCAAAGACAACAAGAGCAUCAACAAGUACUGAACCUUCUGCAACAGUCACUCAUUACAAAUGGGAAGACCAAGCAACAAAAGGCUCAACAGAAUAACAACAGGUCUCCACCUUAUAGUAAGCCACGCUCCCCGCCUCAUAAGCAAGUUACCUCUCCACCCCUGACAAAGCAGUCUACCCCCUCUCCUUCUUCAGUUUUUCAAGUGAUGUCACCACCUACUCCCAUGAUACAUCAGCACACACCAUCGCCCCCAGCAAUGGUAAAACAGGAGGUUUGCCUAAAGAUGGAGCCAGAGUCACCACAAAUGCCUUUGCUUCAGCCAGCAUCUCCAGCGCAAUCUAUAAUGCUUAACAACAACCACGCACAAGCAAGCCCACAACAAUCAGAAGCAAGCCCCCAGCAGUCGCAACCAAGCCCUCAACAAUCGCAACCAAGCCCUCAACAAUCACAACCAAGCCCUCAACAAACCCAACCAAGCCCUCCGUUGAUUUCAGUCAUCCCACAGCAGUCACUUUUGAGCCCUGGGAACCUAGUACACUCACAGCUGAGCCCUAAUAACCAGCUACAGGAGGCUCAGCUACAGUUUCUUAAGAGCCUAGAGGGCUUGUCACUGCCCUCUCCCGGUCCUGACUCUAGUGGAGACCAGGCAUCACAUGAGGAAUUGGUCAAACAACAGCAGAAACAGAUUGAGGAGCUAAAGAGACAGGUAAAGCUGUUACAGACACAGCAACAAGCACAGCUGGUACAACAGCAACAGCUGGCUCAGCAACAAGAACAACAGCAGCAACAACAACAGAAACAAAUGAUUGUGCCCAUAAAACAAGAGCCUGCACAUGCGACAACCAACCAGCCUAGGGGCCAUACUACAAUCACUGUACCAAAUGGCAAUGGAAAAGUGACUAAGAUCCAGAUUCCUGCCCAGCUGUCCCCUGCACAAACCCUGCAGUCUCUUGCCCUAAAGACAGCCAGCAAUCGUGCUAGCCAAGGUGACACCAAACCAACCAAUGUCUUGUUCCAGACCAACUCCUUGCAUGAUAAUCUCAACUUUGGGACACUUAGUCAACCAAAAGUGUUCCAGUUUGCGCAGGCACCACCAAAUGGACAGCCGUUUAUAUUUACGUCAAAGUCACCUCCAACAUCAAAUAAUAAACCAGCGAAUAGCAGUGGCGGGAACAAACAUGGAAAAUCUUCUAGUAUGCCUGGUUCACCAGUGGAACAGUCGAAAAUGACAAUCACAAAGUCACUCACAAACCCCUUUAUAUUCACCAAUGUGCCUAGCAAGGACCCGCCUAACUAUGAUGAGGUCAUCAAAAAUAGACAGAAUGCCAUUAUGACAGCAACUCAAGGUGCCCCAGUGACAUCAGUGUCAGAUGGCACCACUAGUACUGUGACAUCGUCAACUGGUGGGAGCUCAUCAGUUCGUAGUGAAGCAGUGGACGAUCUAUUAGAGAUACUCAUACGUCGAGGGGAACUGCCUGAGAGUGCAGCUCAGGAACCACCACCCACGCCACUCUCCACUGCAUCCAGCUCUCAGCCAACAAACCUCCCAGCAUACUUCACAUCAACCAAUACCAAAGCAGGGAUGCCUGGCCCUACAACAGUGCUGCCCCCUGGAGUCAGUAUUAUUGCAGCUACUCCGAAUGGCGGGAGCCAACCAACGAGGUACAUCAUCACAGCUCCACCUGGUGCUCAAAUCACUGGGCAAAACCCUGUUCCCGAUGUGCCACAACAGAUGACGUUCGGCUCAAAUGCAAAUAUCCCCAAUGCAUUAAGCCCGGGACAAAGACAGACACCCUCUCCUUUGAAUAUCUCAUCUGCAAUCUCAAACUCACCUGCGACUGCAGAUGAUAUCGUGUCUCUGCUUGGGGGUGACACAAACACUAAUGAUUUACCAUUGUUUAAUAUGACAAUGGACUGGUCCAGCGACACUGAAACUCUAGGUGACUUGAACUUGCCAUCAUAUGGUAGCCCUCUAGUGGAUUCAGAUAUGAAGGCUACAUUUAAUGCUAAGAACCUCAAUGAUAACUUAACAUUGCCAAGCCCAAGUACUAGUAAUACUCAGAAUGAAAACCUGCAUAACUCAGCUUCUGAUUCCACCUUAGCAGGCCUACAAGAUAUGCAGGAUACAAUUAGUAUGAACACAGAUGUCUCUGAUUGGUUAGAUGUUAUAAUGCCCAGUACGGGACUGACUCCGCUAAGUGCUAAUGCACCUGUCUCGUUCCCUUCAGACCCGGUGUUAACCCCCAAACCUCAAGACAUCUUAGACUUGUUUAAUAUGGAGGAAUCUGACUUUAACACCCCUACAGAUGCUCCUUCUAAUAUGAACUGGGAUGUGCAGCCAGACAGUCAUAGUCUCUCUUGAUCAAACAAACAGAGCAGUCACCUCCCCAGAAUUUUUUCUCAAGUGGGUGC